AUGGAAGUGAAGUUAGCAUCCUGGAAAAAGGAAUUUUUAUCUAAAGCUGGGAGGUUAGUUCUUAUAAGAAGCUGUUUGGCAAGUUUGCCUAUUUAUUUUCUUUCUCUUAUUCAUCUGCCUGUUAGUAUGGAGAAGAGGUUGAAUCAGCUGAUGAGGAGGUUUCUGUGGGACUCAAAUGAAGAUAUAAGGAAAAUGUGUUGGGUGUCUUGGAUUAAAAUUUGUAAGCCAAAGAAGUUAGGAGGUUUGGGUGUUAAAGAUCUAAGGAGUACAAGCAAAGCUUUGAAAGCAAAGUGGAUCUGGAGGUAUGCAAGAGAGAAGAAAGCCUUGUGGAGGAAAGUGGUUCAGGAGAAGCUCAAAAAUAACAUGGAGAAUAAGUUUCCUGCAGUCUUUAAAGGGUGCAGCAUGAAGAAUGCUUCAAUUGCUGAUAUGGUGGGGGAUGGUAGAUUGUACUGUAAUUUUAAAAGAAAGAUUUUUCUUCAGGAACAGGUGGAAUGGGAUUUGUUGUGCAAUGAGAUGGGGCCAGUUCAUGGAUUGGUGGAAGAAGAGGAUAAUGUGGAAAUUAUGGGUGAUUUUACAGUUAAGAAAUGUUAUGAGAAGAUGGUGAAGGAUGAUACAAUAUGUGAUUUCAAUAAAUUUCUAUGGAAGAAUGGGAUCCCUCCAAAGGUGAGUUUUAUGUUUUGGGCUACUUUUCAUAAUUCUCUUCCUACUUUAUCAAUGCUUAGGUAUAGAGGGAUGGAUAUUCAAGAUGAUAAGUGUCCUUUUUGUAAGAAAGAAGAGGAAACUGCAGAUCACAUUUUUGUGUGUUGUUCUUUUGCUUUUGAGGUUUGGUAUCAUUUUAUUAAGGCUUUUAGAAUCUCUUGGGUGUUUCCAAAUUCUGUAAAAGGCAAUUUUGAGGCUUGGAGAAUGAACAAUUUACAAGGAAAGAGUAGAGAAGUAUGGUGGAAGGUGAUUUAUGUUGUGCAGUGGCAUUUGUGGAAUGCGAGAAAUAAAAGAGUUUUUGGUGGAAGAGCAAUAACAAUGGAUGAAGUUAUUUUGUUGAUUAAGCAAUCUAUUAUUCUUUGGCUCAGUGAAAGGGAUAUUUUUAAAGGUGUCACUAUUAAUCAAAUUUUGUAUCAAUGGGAAACAAUGUUGCAUCUGUGA